CUCGAACGUGAGGCCGGUGAUCUUGAGGUAGCCGCACAGGAACGAGUUGGCCUCGUCGACGUGCUGGAAGUUUUAAUUGAAAGGGGAAUCGCAAUCUUCUUCAAUUGAAAAAAAAAUAAGAUUAUGGGAACAACAUUUGAUAAAUCUGCAAGCAGAGUGCAUUCAGUCUCUCCGGAGUCAAAAUGAAGUUUGCAGUACUUGCUCUGUUGGCGUAUUUUCUGGUAGUGUUAAGUGAAAACUUAAGCGAAGAAAAGAUUUCAGAACGAAUCGCCAAGCUGGAGACGCUCGGUGAAAUCUUGACGCAGAAUCAAAAAUCGCUAAAUAAUCAGAUUGGAGUCAUCGAAUCAAGUUUAUCGCUGAUAACCGACAAUACCAGGAAAAUUCUAGACAACCAGCUGGAAAAGAUACCCGCCAUAUCGUCCUGCAAGGAACCGCUCAAAUCGGGCAUAUUUCGGUUGCGGAAUCCCAAGCUGAAAGUCUACUGCGAGAUGGACUCGUUCGACGGGGAUUGGCUGGUGAUUCAGCAGCGAGUGGACUACACGCUCAGCUUUAACCGAAGUUGGGCCGAGUAUCGGGACGGAUUCGGAACGGUUGGGAAAGAGAGCGAGUUUUGGCUCGGGCUGGAGGCCGUUCAUCAGAUCACGAAGGAUGGAUCGUGUGAGCUGGCUGUUGAUUUGAAGGACCAAUCAGGACACUACCAAUAUGCACGAUAUUCUAGCUUUGGAUUGGCGGGAGAAGAUCACCGGUACAGACUUACGGUUGGAGGGUACUCGGGAACUGCUUUCUACAAUUUUGUCAAACUUAACAAUUACUCGUUUAUGACAUACGAUUUUGGCAGCGAUAUAAUCGAUCAGAAAAUCUGUUACUUGCACCUCAGCAGUGGAUGGUGGUAUUGCAAUUGUAACUGCAACCUCAAUUAUCCAUCCACCUAUCGGAAUGAUGAAUGCACUAAGUUUUCCUAUUCAAGAAUGAUGAUUCGUUGCGAAUGAGUUACUUCGGACAUCGUGAAUUGCUGUUCUUAAAAAUUA